AUGUUCCUAUUUGAUCUCUUAACAAUUCAUCCUCACUCAUUUGAUAAACAACAUCAUAAUAAUGAACAUUCACAACACUCGGAUUCAUCAUCGACACCAUCAUCAACAUACAAAAUACCAUCAUCAACAACACCACCAUCCGAUUAUUCGAAAAGGAGAAGACUUGUUCAACUCCUCUCACACUUGAAACCCAUUAAAAAUCAGGAAUUACGAACGAAAAUUCUCAACAAGUUAAAGGAAAAUAAGAUUGAUUUAUUAGAUCAUCACUUGUUCAAAAUUUCAACCAAUGCUCCAAUUCUUCAUAAUUUAUUUUCUCACAAUAUUAAUAGUAAUGAAAGGAUAAAGGCUAAAUAUUAUAAUGAAUAUGAUUCACAGAUAUUAUUACAUCCAUUUCAAUCAGUGAACAAAUUGACCAAUUUUAUAAAGAGUGUUUACAAUGUUUUGGAAAUGGUUGAUGAAGAUGAUCAUCACAAUAUGAAGUUAUUAGAUAAAGAAAAUUCAAAAAAGGAAAAGGAGAAGAAAUCAUCAAGUGUUGGAUUUGAUCUACCAAUUGAGGAAGAGGAUGAUCCAUCAUCAAAACAGAAUUUUAAUGUAAAUAAUAAUGCUAGUAGUAAUACUAAUAAUACAGUAUAUAGUAUUGAUAAGAUGCUAUUUAAAUUAUUUAAUGCGAGCAGUAAUAGUGAUGGGAUUGAUUUUAAUGAGAAGAGUUCUGAAAAUGAAAAAAUCAAACCAGAAUAUUAUACAACUAUUGAUAGACCAAUUACUUCUAGUAUGAUUAUUCUGUUUGUGGAAAUUUUAUUGAACAUUAUCAAAUCAUUAGCAAUUUUAACUCUAUUAACUGUAACCUAUGUACAUGAUCGAUUCAAUUUUUUUAUCAAACCGAUUAUUGUAAUUGAAUUGUCCAAAUUGGAGAAUCAUCUUUCGGAUUUAAUGUUAAAUUUUAGGAAGUAUUUCAGAAUUGGAACCAAUGCAAAGCUCACUGUUGCCAGAUUACUAGCCAAGAUUAGAAAUAAUAAUCCAAAGAAUUUCUACAUGAUUCUUUCAGUUUAUUUGAGAAUGAAAAAUCUCAUGCAAAUACCAAAAUCAUUUGUGAAUCAGUUAUUUUGGACCAUCACGAGUAUUUAUCUCAAUAUUUUACUAUUUUGUAUAUUUAUAUUUGAAAAGAUUGCCUCACCUAAAUUAUUACACUUGAUUUACAUGUCCAAUGACAAGUUUUUAGAAAUUCUUAACAAUCUCCUCACCUUUGUCAAUCACUAUUACAAGAAUGUAAUUGAGAAUGAUCAAUUUAUCAACUUGAAAAAACAUGAAACUGAUUUGGAUAAUAAGUUUUAUUCACAACCAUUGCAAGGAACUGAAAAUUAG